UUGAAAUGGAGAAAUGAGACUUCGGUGGUGCUCACUCAGCAUCUCCAGAAAGUAUAAGAUCUGGUUUUCUCUCCUUCAACUCACUUCCCCAGAGCCUUCAUCAGCUAAAAUGGCUGAUUUUGUGCUGUUUCACUGGAUUAUGAUACAGAUCUUUAUCGGACACGCCACAUCUGAAGCUGUUGUUAGAGGAGUCAUAGGACAGCCUGUUCGGUUGCCUUGCUUCUACCAGGUGGCACGAUACAAGUACAUCUCCGAUAUGUGCUGGGGCAGAGGCCCAUGCCCAAAUUCAAAAUGCAAUAACAAGAUUUUGCACACCACUGGGAGCAGGGUGACAUUCAGAAAAUCUCAGAGGUACAACCUCCGGGGCUAUAUUUCCUAUGGAGAUGUGUCUCUCACGAUUGUGAAUGUGAAGGCAGAAGACGCAGGUACAUACUGCUGCCGCAUAGAGAUCCCGGGCUGGUUCAACGACAUCAAGCAGAACAUGCAGCUGGACGUAGUCAGAGCCCCUCCAGUGAUGACAACCACCACAAGAAAGGCUCCCGUUUCGCCCAAACAUUUUAGAAAAACAUCUUUUGCUCCCCAAGAAACCUCUGAUCUUCAAACAACAGCAGAGACUGCUGUCCUCCUGACAACCACUGCCGCCCCAGCAACAGCUGCAACCACCGAGUCUCCAGCCGCAAUCACACUGGAGACCCUUGCUCCCCCAACGUUUGCUGUGACAGCAGAUGAGACUUUUCCAGCAGCUAUGAUGACAACCAGUGCUCUCCCAGAUUUUCUGACUGGUUUCCAAGGAGCUGACAUGAGGACUGAAGUGUUCUGCUCAACAGAGUCUGUCCCUCUUCCUGAAGUGACUCCUGAAUUCACAAGUACAUUUGUGACUGCAGAGGGAACUACAACUCCUCUCAUGGUGGAAGAUGUGCCGACUGCAGAAACAACCCCGCCAGCGGCAACCGUGCUUCAGACCCCGAAAAAAGGUGUCGCUCAUUCAGGGAUUUCAACAAGUUCAGACAGCAAAGCUGAGAAACAUGAUGGUAACAGAGUUAAGUUUCCCAGCUAUGCCGUUCUCAUUGCCUGUCUCAUAGUGGUGUCUAUUCUUUCCAUAUUGAUGCUCUCGUUGUUGUUUUGGAAACGUAAAAACGCGAAGAAGUUUAUAAUUAAAAGUGAUCUGUGCUUCUCACUACAGCCUUGGACCAGCAGAAGACCUUGAAAAAGUCUUCAGUGGUGCUGAAGGAGAAAACAGCAUGUUUUCCCUGUGAAGGUGUUUCUGACACCCUGUGAAGGUGUUUCUGGGUGUUUCUGGCAUCUGACUUCUUACUAAUGCCGUGUUAUGGAACUGAAUUUGUUUUUCUCUAUUUUUACUAAUGCUCUUCCUUGAAUACAACUUAUACUAUGAGGAACAGAAGACAGAAGAAAUAACAUGGAAUGCUGCCUAACUUCAAAUUAAAAAGAAAAAAAAUCAGCAAAUACAGUUCUUAUAUAAUCAAGAGAAAAAAUAAGCUGUGAAUAUAAAUCAAAAAUGCAGAUUACUUAAGGGGUACCAGUGCUGCCUGUGAUUCAGCAUGUUUGAAUGACCCUUGGAGACUAUGUUAAUAAACUUUGUAAUUUACCACUA